AUGUCAAGGCAACUUCAAAUUCCACCUCGGUGGCCAAUCUCAAAGACACAUUUCCCAAAUUGUGAUCCUAGCAAUCAGCCACGGCUGCAGGAAACUGUAUCAGAAAGCUUGGUUUUGGGAGAACUGCUAGGCUGGCUAGAUGAUCUGUGUGGUGGUGUCAUGGGGAAAUAUGCAGGAGGGGAACUCAAACCACCUUUUGUGGCUGUUGUUCCUGCUCUUUUACUCCCACCUCCAACAACUUCCAUGGAUGAACACUUUGUUGCAGGUCUUAUAGCUUUAGAACCAUAUUCAAGGUUGUUCCAUAGGUAUUAUGCAAUUGGUAGUCCAAGUGCUACCCAAAGGCUUCUUCUUGGACUUCUAGAAGCACCUCCAUCAUGGGCCCCAGAUGCUUUUGAUGCUGUUGUUCAGCUUGUUGAGCUCCUUAGAGCUGCUGAAGAUUAUGCAUCUGGCAUGAGGAUACUUUCUCAACCUGCUUUGCUUUUUCCUCCUCUUACACAAACUGAAGGAGUUGAGCUUCAAGAUGAACAUCUCAAUUGCUACAAUUCAAACCCUAAAAAGUUCAAGAACAUCGCCAUCGACACCCCUGGUGUUGUUGCUUUACUAGGUUCUCAUAACGUGGGUAGGACACACUGUGUGAAGUUCGUGCACCGUUUGUAUCCAGAGGUUGACCCGGUUCUUGACCCAGGUCAUGUUGAGCACAUGCUCCAUAAGUGUCCGGAUGGAAUCCCCGACCCCAAGGCAGUUUAG